AUGAUUCAAUUAAUAUUGUUGGUGGUUUUGUCGUAUUUGCUGUGCUAUUAUGUAUUAAAACCUUACACUUUUUGGAAAGAAAGAGGAAUUCAAUAUGUUCAACCAGUACCUAUAUUUGGAAAUGUAUUUAGAAAUAUUAUACAACAAAAAUCCUUAGCAGAAAUAGUAAAAUCGAUUUACGACAAAUUGAAACACCAAAGAUAUUCAGGAAUGUAUCAAUUCAUGAAACCUGUACUCUUAAUUAAUGAUAUUGAUCUUAUUAAGAAGAUUACGAUUAAAGAUUUCGACCAUUUCACGGAUCAUGUGAAUCAUGCACGUGAAGAUGUGGACCGUCUUUGGAGUAAAAACCUUUUUGCUAUGACCGGUUCAACGUGGCGUGAUAUGAGAGGAACUUUGAGUCCUGCAUUCACAGCCAGCAAAAUGCGCUUUAUGUUUUCUUUAAUAAACGAAUGCGCUGAAAAUUUGGCUUCUCAUUAUUUAAAGAAAAAUGAAGAACUUAUUGAAAUAGAAAUGAGAGAUACUUACACGAGAGUUUCAAAUGAUGUAAUCGCCAGUUGCGCUUUUGGUAUAAAAUGUGAUUCUUUAAACGACCCUAAUAAUGUGUUCUACGUUCGAGCUAGUAAAGCUUUUGAUUAUUCUGGUAUUCGUCAGUCCGUCUUUAUUUUGUAUCACAGCGUUCCUAAGUUAAUGAAGUUUUUGGGUUGGAAAAUAUUUGACGAUGAGAUGGGUACAUUCUUUCGUGGAGUGAUUGACGAAAGCAUAAAAAUACGAGAGGAUAAAGGUAUUGUCCGUCCAGAUAUGCUUAAUUUAUUGAUGGAAGCUAAAAAUGGAAAAUUAAGUGGAGAAAGUAACAAAAAUUCAGUUGAUUCAUUUGCGUCAACCAACGAAUACAGUUUGGGAAAGAAAAUCACAAAUAUAGAAUUGACUAACGAAAAUAUAACAGCACAAUGUCUUAUUUUCUUCAAUGCCGGAUUUGACACUACUUCCUACGCAAUGUGCUUUUUGACGUACGAAUUGGCUUUGAAUGGUGAAAUUCAGGAUAAACUCAGGGAAGAAAUCAUUACCACUUGGAAAAAAUGCGAAGGAAAUGUGACUUAUCAAGAUUUGAUUGGUAUGACGUAUCUGGAUAUGGUUAUUAGUGAGGUUCUUAGGAAAUGGCCACCUGUUCCUUAUAUUGAGAGGCUAUGUACAAAAGAUUAUACUAUUGUAGCAACUAGACCAGAUGAAAAGGAUUAUAAAGUAAAGAAGAACGAUUUUGUUUAUAUUCCAGUGUUUGGAAUUCAUAGAGAUUCAAAAUAUUAUCCAAAUCCUGAGAAGUUUGACCCAGAAAGAUUUGCAGUAGAGAAUCGAGAAAAAAUGUAUCCUAGUACUUAUCUACCCUUUGGUUCUGGACCUAGGAAUUGUAUAGGAUCUAGAUUAGCCAUUCUAGAAACGAAAGUCACGAUUUUCCACUUAUUAAGAAAUUUUCAAGUAUUGCCAACAAAGAAAACUUCAAUUCCUAUGGUGAUUAGCAGGAAGCAAUUCACUGUAUCUUCGCAACAUGACUUUUGGCUUGGACUGAAAAGAUUAUCUUCAUAGA